AUGUUCCGAAAAGUGAACCGACUCUCGGCUCGCUCUGCCCACAACUGGCAGAAGGACAUUUACAAGACUGUGACGUACGAUCCCAACGAGCCCCAGUUUGACAAGAUUCUCGUCGCCAACCGUGGAGAAAUCGCAUGCCGCGUCUUCAAGACCGCAAAAGAAAUGGGAAUCAAGACCGUGUCGGUCUACUCUGAGGCGGACGCGCAGACCGUGCACGCCAACAUGGCGGACGAAAGGGUUUGCGUUGGACCAGCGCCAACUAACGAGUCCUACCUCAGAAUGGACAGAAUCAUUGAGGCAAUCAAGAAGACUGGAGCUCAAGCUGUCCAUCCUGGGUAUGGCUUUCUCUCCGAAAACGCCGAUUUUGCCACCAAGCUCAAGGAAAACGGAAUCACCUUCAUCGGACCCCCUAAUGAGGCGAUUAUUGCGAUGGGAGACAAGAUUGAGUCCAAAGUUGUGGCUGAAAAGGCCGGUGUCAAUGUUAUCCCUGGAUUUAACGGUGUUGUCAAAGAUUUGGACCACGCUCUUGAAAUCUCCAACGAUAUCGGUUAUCCAGUCAUGAUCAAAGCCUCUGCUGGUGGCGGAGGAAAGGGCAUGCGAGUUGCAUGGAACGAUGAUGAAGCAAAAGAGGGAUACUAUCUCUCGAAGCAAGAAGCUGCUUCUUCCUUCGGUGACGAUCGAUUGCUUAUUGAGAAAUUCGUUGACAAUCCUAGACAUAUCGAACUUCAGAUCCUUGCUGACAAACACGGCAACGUCGUCUACUUAAACGAGCGAGAAUGCUCCGUCCAGCGACGAAACCAAAAAGUCGUCGAAGAAGCUCCUUCCGUCUUCGUUGACCCUGAUCUUCGAGCUCGAAUGGGCAAGCAGGCUUGCGAUCUUGCCCGAGCUGUCGGAUACCACUCGGCUGGUACUGUCGAGUUCUUGGUCGAUUCUCAGAAGAACUUUUACUUUUUGGAAAUGAACACUCGUCUUCAGGUCGAGCAUCCAAUUACGGAAUGCAUCACCGGAGUCGAUCUUGUGCGAGAAAUGUUCCGUGUCGCUUACGGCCAUCCCCUUUCCAUCACGCAGGACGACAUCAAGAUCCACGGUUGGGCUGUCGAAUCGCGAGUUUACGCCGAAGACCCAACCAAGCAAUUCGGUCUUCCCUCUGUUGGUCGACUUCAUCGGUACCAGGAACCAAAUGAGUUGCCCGGAACUAGAUGCGAUUCUGGCAUCAAAGAAGGUUCUGAAAUUUCGAUCUACUAUGAUGCCAUGAUCUCCAAGCUUGUCACUUAUGCUGACACGCGUGAAGAAGCUCUCAAGCGAAUGGAAAAGGCUUUGGACUCGUACGUCAUCCGAGGCGUCACUCACAACGCAUCGCUUCUCCAAGAGAUCAUCAAGCACCCCAACUUCCUCUCUGGCGACAUUACCACUAACUUCUUGUACGAACACUACCCUGAAGGAUUCCACGGAAAACAGUUAACGCCAGAAGAAACAACUCGUGUUCUCUCGAUCGCUUCUGCUCUUUACUACACCCGACUUGCCUCCCGCCUCAACUACACUUCCUCUGAGCGUCACUUGAUCAAGAGAAAGCCGAUUUCCAGCUUUUCUGCGAUCGUCAAUGAUACCGCUGCGAAUAUCAACGUCACUGAGUCAGGCAACCAACUCCUUAUCAGUGUUGAUGGCGCUGACGCUGUUGCUUAUCCCUCGCCCAAUGUUUCUGACUCUGUUAUUCAUUUCAACGACGAUAUCGUCCAACCAAUCAAGCUCACCAACGAAUCCAUCACGAUCCAAUUCGAAGGUUCCGUCUUCACCAUUUCUAUUCUUCCAAGCAAGGCCCGAGAGCUCGAGAAGUUGAUGCCAGAGAAGCCAAAGGAAGAUCUCGCUGGAAAGCUCAUCUCUCCCAUGCCCGGUACCGUCAUUUCCAUCGACGUCGCCGUCGGUGAUAUGGUCGCUGCUGGCCAGACUUGCGCAGUUGUCGAAGCAAUGAAAAUGCAGAACGCACUUUCUGUCUCUCGUGAUGGAAAGGUUAAGGCUAUCCACGUCGCUAGCGGUGAGAAGGUCGCCGAUGGUGAUCUUCUUAUCGAGUUGGAAAUGAGUAGUGUUUACCUAGACUACAACGCGACUACUCCUAUCGACCCUGAAGUAGUGGAGGCGAUUAGCAAGAGCCUAAAAGAAGAUUGGGGGAAUCCAAGCUCUGGUCAUGAGCUUGGAUUGAUAGCAAGGAAGAAAAUCGAAAUCACCCGUGAGCAUUUAGCCAAGGGUAUCGGCGCAGCUACAUCCCAAAUUAUAUUUACAUCUGGCGGAACUGAAGCGCUGAACUGGGCAAUAAACUCAUGCUGCUCCCAAGAAAAUAAUGAGCAUGAGGAACAGUGCCAUGUUGUCACAAGUGCCCUGGAGCAUUGUGCUGUGCUCAACCCUCUCAAGAAGCUCGCUCCCAAAUGCUGUCAAGUGGAUUACGUGCGGCCAGCAAACGGGCGCUUCGCCGUAACUUCUGAUCAGAUUAUCAAACAAAUUACCAACAAAACGAGUCUCGUCGCCGUCAUGCUCGCAAACAAUGAAACAGGUGCCAUUCAACCGGCAGAGAAAAUCGGAGACGAAAUUUUUAAACUGAAAGAGAACGGACAUAAAGUCCAAUAUCUCGUAGGAAAUGCCUCCCAGUGUUUUGGAAAGAUCCCGAUCAGCGUUGAAAACAUCAAAUGCGACUACCUUGUCCUCGCGGGCCAUAAAUUUUACGGACCGAGAAUCGGCGCCUUGUAUGCUCGUGAUCCGUCAAAACUGCAGCCCAUGCUUUUCGGUGGAGGGCAGGAGCGUGGUUUACGCCCUGGGACGGAAAAUACGCCGAUGAUUGUCGGUUUAGAUGCGAAUAUGAAUGAUCUAGACGCUAGAAUAGAAAAAUGGAACGAGACGCGGCUGGACAUGUUCGCGAUCUCGAAGCCAAACGACUCGGGCGACUUCUUCGGCGUCAUCCGAUUCUACUACAAGGAUCAGGGCGAGAAAGUGGCGACCAAGUGCAUCCGCGUGGCCUCGAAUGCCUCUACUUUUGACGUGAUAGAGACGCUUAGGGAGAAAUUAAGAUCAGACAUGCGCAUGCUCUCGCCGCCAAACUAUUCCCUUUACGUCGCUUAUCCGAACAAAGACGCGAUCAAACUACAGCACAACGAAUACCCCUUGCUCGUCCAGCUGAAUUGGAUUAAAGACAAUCUCGACGGUCGCUUUGUCGUCAAUAACGAAUCCGACAACUUCUCAAUUCACAAGACAGUGGGCGAAAUCUACAUCAACGAGCCCGGUUCUAAGCGUAAAUCAACUAAGAAAUCGAAGAAAAAUGCUCAGAAGCAGGAUGGAAUCGCUGAUGUCAUUUUUGACGAAGCAAAGCCGUCUGAUUUUACCCGGACGAUUUCGAACCCUAAAUUUGUCGUCGACAAAAAUCGAAGUAAAAAGCGUGAUAAAGUGGCGCAUGAAGCGAAGGAAAUACCGAUUUACACUGAUAUCUGCCCCGGGAAGUAUCUUGUAAUGACCAAAGCCUAUCCUAUUGAUAAUGUUGAUGAAGUUGUAGAAAGAGCACUAAAGAAGCUCAACGUCUCAGAUGACCCAGAAAACUACCUCAUUGCAAAGUGUGUCAUUCCUGUAAAUUCUGUCCUUGAUCAUUGUCCCCCUCGCGAAAGAGGUACCUUCAUGGAAUACGACGAAAAGCCGCUAGAAAUCAUGAACAAAUGGGAUCGCUCUCGCGGUACAAUGGUCUUCGUCAUGCAGCCUCCCCACCUGGAUGACAAGAACCGACCUUUGAAACCUCACCAAAUGCAGGGCCCACAAUCUCCUCAAGUCACCACAAGCAAUACAAUCACAGUCCUCGAAGGGGUCAAAGCAGGCCGCCAUCCUAAAAUUCUCGAAAUUAUUUCUCCAGGUGCUACGGCAAUCGUCCACGAAGUCCUUCCAAACGUGACAGAAGUUGGAUACGUUCCCUCAACUUCAAAAAGCUUCAGUCAAUACAUUCGCCUGCAGCGUGGCUUGGAUAUAGAGCAGAGGCACUGUGUACUGGCAAACAUGGAGGGAAUCGUAACGAUAACGCCAAAUGACACUGAUAAGGGAAAGACGCCUGUCGAAGUAAACGGAAGAGAAAUUCGCGAAACUUUCAUGUUGGAAAAUGGCGUCGUUAUACGUCUCGGUAGGGAUACUCUCCUUGUUUUCCUCGACGCGCAUGAAGAUGGCCAACCGUCAGGCAUCAGCGGUCAAGAUCUCGAGCAGAAGAUUUAUACACACUUCCACCGAGAAUAUGGAUCUAGUAAUGCAAUUCAGCCUCUUCGCGUCCCUCGCCACGGGAGAAGUGCUGAUCAAAGUAUUCACGCGCUUGAUCAAGAACCAAGACCUGGCCUUGGCUUUCGCCAUGACGAUGAACACAGCGACGAUGCAGGUUAUGUUCAGCCAAUUCCAGACGAACCAGAGUACGAACAAACGCCGCCGACGAACUAUCGAACCCUAUUGCCCGCUAAGAUUGAAUAUUCAAUGUCAACAGAAGAUGUUCUCCUCGACGAAAUUCUCCAUGCAGCUCAAGAACGACCCCUUCAAUUCCGCCUUUCACCAUCUUACACUCUUUAUCUCCUCACCCGUCACCACUUAGUCGCCGGCUUCAACACUCCAUUGAUCGAAAAAAUCACGCACAAGCUCAAGCAAUACAUAAUGUCAAACAACUCUGACCCUGGAUUUCUCGCUUUCUGGAUGGCAAAUAGCUCUGAAUUGUUGAAUUUUCUCCGACAGGAUCGCGAACUCUCCCACACUACUGAAGAUUAUCAAGAAGAACUUGCUCAAACUGUGCAGCUGGCGUUCAAAUUCCUUGUUCACGCGCUAGAAGCUAAUUUAAUGGAUCAUAUGCAGGCGUUUUUCUCGACCUCGAGCGAAGAUCUCCCUGGAGAAGAUGGCAUGGACGAAAUCCCGAUGCCCAGAAGUCAGAAUUCAACAAUGUACGACAUCAUUCAAAUGCUCAACAAUGCAAUGAGCCUCCUCCGACGAUGCAGAGUUAACGCUGCUCUGACGAUUCAACUCUUUUCACAGCUUUUCCACUUUGUCAACAUGUCCUUGUUCAACGAAGUUAUCGAUGAGGAUAAUGCUCAACACUACUGUAAUCGCUCUUGGGGCAACGUUAUCCGCCUCCGAUUAGCACGAGUGGAGGCUUGGGCUGAGAAACAAGGCCUUGAACUUGCGGCUGAGUGCCACUUGGCUCGAGUGAACCAGGCGAUGCAUCUGCUCGUCAUCCCCAAGCAGAGCAACCACGACGUCAAUGAAAUCAACUCGAGCUGUUUCAAACUCAAUUCAAUUCAACUGGCUGCCCUGUUAGAAUCCUAUCGCCCAGAACCAGGAGAGCAGCCGAUUCCACACAAUCUUAUCACAAACGUCGUUCGUCUCGCUGAAUCGAAUGCUGAUGAACUUGCCCGCGAAGAUGGUCGAGAUGUCGUGCUGAAAGAAGAUCCUGAUCUUCAAUUGCCAUUCUUGCUGCCAGAAGAUGGCUACACUUCUGACGUGCUAAAAGGCGUCCCAAGUGGCCUCUACGAUUUCAUGGAGCCACUUCAAGCGAAGGGCCUUUGCUACUUCUACGCAAACGAAGACAACACAAUUAGCUGGACCAUCUACUUUCUCGAGCAUGAGCAAGAUGGAUAUGGCACUCAAGAUCAUCACAAUCCACACCAAGCUGGUAGUUCAAUCCGUGGCUCUUUGAAUCAGGAGCCCGAGCCUGUGUACGAAGAUAUAAUUUUGGAGAAGAAAGGUGGUGGUCUUGGACUCAGUAUCGUCUCUGCUAAGGGCGCUACGCAGCAUGACUAUGGAAUCUACAUUAAAUCUGUUGUCCCAGGAAGGGUUUUGAAAAUUGUUCUGGAGACAUAA